AAUCUAGCACAAAAUGUCAGCUAAACCCAGUACUGCUGCUUCCAAAAUCAAUUGGGCCUCUGUGACUCAAAAACUGCGUCCUGAAACCGCUCAAAAACUCAAUGCCUUCCGUCGGCAGCAUACAGAAUUGGUCAAAGAAGUGAUGACACUUCAAGAGCAGCUGCAAAGAUAUUCCAUCGACUUUGAUUAUUACUCUCGCGUUCUGAAAAACAAGAAAGUUGUCCUUGAAGCCAAACGUGCAAUCGAAAACAUGAAACCACUACCCGCCUUUGAUGUUGAAAGUCUGUUGAAAAUGAUCGACGACGAGAAGAAGAAGGCCCUGGAGAGUGCCAAAAAAACCGAAGAAAAAGUUGGAAAUGAAGUCAGUGAGCUGCGGAAAAUGAUGGACGACAUCGAACACAUGCGGGCUCCCGAGCAAUUGAUAGUGGAUGAUGUCUUUGCGGCGUAUCCGCAAGAUCUGGACGCAGUGGUAGCAAAGAUGGCAAAGAGAGGUCAGUGGAGAAUGCCAGGAUAUUAUGAAAGGUUUGGCGAGUUCACGAUCGGAUUCUAGCUUCAAGAAUCAAAAUUGUAUUU